UCUACACUUUAAAUGACUGUGUAUAUUAUUGUCGUAGUGUGUAUAUUCUAUCCACCUGGGAAAUUCCGUGACGCAAAGAAUUUCUAAAUUUAAACAUUUGUACUCGACAUGGCAUGUCCUGAAGCAUGGUUAAAACUGCAACCAGUGAUUAAGAUCGUGUUUUUGUCAACAAUUAUUGCUUUCUGUUCAUUAAUUCUAGGAUUUGCAACACCAGUAUGGGCGUCUGCGAGUGGUGCCAUUUUAAUUCAAUUCUAUGAUUCGGAAGGAAAGCAUUCGGGAAGUGUCGGUAUGGAUCAUAUGGGGUUGUGGCAAGCCUGUGGCGGUGGCAUCGGGUGUAUAAAUUUGGUGCAUGACAUCCCAGGUUUUUUAGUAGCUUCCAGAGUAUUUGCGUGUUUCAGCCUUAUUUCAUCGUUUGUUGGCAUUGCUAUGGUGUUUUGGUUCGCAUGUGUAUCUAAAACUGAUAAUGUACGACUUCUCAUGCUGUCGAUGAUAAUGUCAUUUGUUACUGGGGCAUUGAUAAUAAUUACUGUUGCCAUAUUUAGCGGAGAAGUAAAAAAUCACCUGAGUUUUUCUUUUGCGAUGAUGUGCAUUGCCGCCAUUGUGUAUACUGUAAAUGGCGUAUUGUUUCUUGUGUACAUUGGAACCGGAAGGAGAUGAUGAUGGUGCAAUCAUGAGCUAUUCUUCAGAAGAAAAGUAUUAUUUGACAGUUGUUGUGCCUGCUUUUUGUUGAUGUACACUCAUUACGAAAGUACUGUUCUGAGCGGUGUUUCAUUUCUAGUCGAGCUACCCAAUCAGGAUUAUUGCAUUGAAUGAAAGAACAAGUAAUUUAUACCGGUGUAUUAUUUAUAUAAUUAUACGCAAAUGAUAUGUGUUACAAUUAUAAGUUAUAAAAAUAUUCCUUUUGUAUAUAAUUUAUUAUUAUAUAUAUUGUUAUAAGCAUUGCACAUUUAACAAGUACCGGCUAUAUUCAUGGGAGCAUCCGCGGUGGUUUCGUGGUAUCGUCCCGUCAAGGGGGUUUCUAAAUAUUCCCAUGCACCACACUGAGU